CUCGCGGGUAGCCUCGACUGAGCGGCAUCGUCAUCGUCCCCCUCCUUUCCUCCCCUCGUAUCGAUUCCUUCAUCUGUGACGCGCAUCCUUGACGUAGUCAUCAUCAUCUACUCGUGCUCCUCUGUACACUCUACUCUUCCAGCAACACACCUUUGCCGCGCCAGCCGGCGUCGCGUAUUGCACUCCUGUCUCAAGUCCCCGUCCUCCCCACAAUUCCGCGUUUUUUGCUCCAUCUCCAAUUCUCUCAGCGUCCACUCAGGCUAGUCGCAGCAUCGGAUGCUACCGCUGCAUAGCAUGACUGGCCGUCCAGGCUAUCCGCCGCCUCACCUCGGCCCCCAGCAGCAGCAACAACAGCAGCAGCAACAGCAUCACUAUCAACAUCACGAGCAACACUAUCCCCCGCAGAAUCAGUAUCAGCAUCCACAUUUCCAAGCGCAGCAGGGUCACCCUUCCUACCACCACCCAUCGAAUGCGAUUGCUAUACAUGCUGGAUCUAGUCCCUCUGGAUCCCAUACUGGCACAUCGCCCAAUUCCGUAGGCGGUGGGCCGAAAGCGGGAAAGACGGGAACAAAGUCAAAGAGACCCAGGCCGUAUGCUUCAAAGACAUGUUCGGAAUGUCGGCGUCGUAAGAUCGCCUGCGUAGCCAGCGACCCAGAUCCCGAUGUCUGCAAGCGCUGCUACAAGAUGAAGCUGCACUGCACCCUUUCCGAGGAGAAUGCUCGUGGUGAUGGUCGGCGGAGGAAGAGGGGAAAGAAGAGGAGCGCAGAAGAUGGGGGUGAUGAUGACGACGAUGAGGACGAAGAUGGUCAAGGCGAGACUCCUCGAAGCGGGACCUCCAAGAGGAAUAAUGAUCAAAGCGGAGACGAGAGCGACGAGGAAGAGGAUGGCAACCAGGAUACCGCACAGUCCUACGGGCCACCCGCUCCAGCAGUCAAAGGCCCUACAGUUGGAAGACGGCCAUCAGCAACCAACAUAGCUAAAGGGUCUCGUGGCCUGUCCACAGCGCUGCCACCUCCAGCCCCUCUCCCAGCGCACCUCGCAUCUGGAAAUGCAGACGAGAAUGCGCCCGAUACAGACUUCCUCUACAGCAUGAAGGAGGACAAGGACCGGGCCCGCAUCCUUCCGCCGCUGAGCCACAUAGAGGAGAAGAGGCCUGGCACGAAGGGCGGUCGCCAUGCCGCUGCCACUGGCGAAGUCGCCCCUUCGAGCGGAAGUGGCAGCGGUCGCAUGAUCCUCGGCGUCUCUUCUGCUCCUUCUAAGGCUGCACAAAGAGCAGCGGCGCAGAAUGUCAUGCUCGUGCAUGGUUGUCCCGUUUGGGUCUACUCCGACCUGAUGGCCAGAUUCAACCUUCUGAAUAUCAGCGACAAAGGAUCUAGAGGCGGCGGAAUGGUCCCACGAUUGGAUGCCGCCGAAUUGUGCUCAAAGCUGACCAGUCUACCGGCCAAUGUCAUCAACACCAUCGAUGACAUCUUAGAGGAUGCCCGUCUUACAAUGCCUCACAUACCCUUGCUCUGCAACCUCAUUGUGCAGCAAGAAGAACGGUACGACUCUGCACGAUCUCUUCUCAUUGCCAUCCUCGUCUACGUAGCAAGCAACGAAGGAGACUUGACGUCCACUCUCAACCCUCUUCUCCCACUUUCUGUUCACGCCGACCUCAAGUCUUUCCUUUCAAAUCAGGCCCUGGAUAGUAUCAUGUUCUCGCCCAUGAAGUCACGAGAAAUCGUCAUCGCAGCUGAGAUCCUUGCGGUCUACGAUCCACUGCUAGGUCAUCCAGCGGCAGGAAAACUCGAGACAUCUCGCUUCCUGCUUCCUACAUCCUUCUACCUUGAUCUAGCCAUCGGCUUUGCCUAUCGGAUCGGCGUGGGCGACUCGGUUCACGAGCUUCAACAGUGGUACCUGGACGAUGUGAGCAAAGCGGCCAAGAGUGGCGGAUCAGAAGCGGGUGCCGAAAAGCCUCUGCCGGAUCACAUCGCUUCGGCGCUACACGAUGCGACCAUCUGGGCGUCCCUCGAAUUACACAUCUCUGAGCUCAACCGGAAUUUGCAGGGUGCCACCAACUGUUUUGCGAAAGAUUGGAAGCCGCUAUGGCCUCAUCAGGCUUCACCCACAUCCAGUCGGAGAAGCACGGUAUCGCCCAAAGCCCUACCUUCUUUUGCGACAAUACUGCAGCAUUGCAGCAAGAGGAUUCCCGGGCGCAAGAUUGGAGUUCCGGUCAGCAAGAGCACAAAGAAGGGCUUUAGCAUUGCGUCUCGACUCGGUAUGGUCAACCUCGCAUUUAGACAGGACGGUCUGGGACUGAUUCAGGAUAUACUGGCAACGCUGUACCACGGCAUACCUGAUGUUGAAAAGAUUGACAGAUGUUAUAUGCAGCUGGAGGACGAUCUGACUGGCAAGCUCAGAGCCUUUGCAGACAAGAGUCUUGCCCAAGUCCUGGCAACGAGCAAAGUCGACCCGCCCUCAUCAGACUUGUUGGCCUUGUCUAAGGACAUCUUUGAGCGCGAGAGCGCCUGGAUGCGUCACUUCUAUGGUGGCUAUUGCUUUGCGAUCCUUCUCUGGCUGCCCAACUUGCAGAAAUCUGGAAAGGCCGGGAGCUCCGCAAAAGCUGGCGGUGGAAAAGGAGACAAGGACGAAGGAGGCAAAGACCUUCACGAGCAUGGGAUUCACGACGUCGACAUGGCUGCUUCGGUCAUCAAUACUAUCAAGGGUCAGAAGUCUGAUCCGGACCACAUGAUGAAGUCGGCGGCAGAGUCUCUUUCUGGCAAGUCAUCAAGAGACAAGGAACUCUUGUCUGCGCUUGCCAAUGGAAGCAGUGCUAUCGCUGGCGCGGCUCCUACCGGCGACGCUGCAGCGGGAGGCGCCUCGCCAGACAUGUCCUCCUUCCACUUCCUCGUCAAGCACAACGAGUCCCACGAGCUGGUCCUCCAGCGCUGGCUGACCCUCUCCCUUGAAACCCUAGCUCGAUUGCGCUGCUCCAACAUCCACCGCAUACCGACGAACUCGCGUAUGGUGUAUGUCUCCAAGGAGAUCAUCGAGAACCACGCCACUCGAAAGCGAGGAUGGGGCAAGGUCGGUGACAAUGCUGUCAUCCACACUGGACUCAUGAACCGAGCCUGUGAGCACUUCAAGCAAAAAGGCAAUGCCCUGGACAACAGCCUUGCCAAGUUGACCAAGAUCUUGGAGAAGAUUCUGGACGGCUGGAGGAAGAUCAAGCCUCCCGAGCAGAAUGCUCCGCCAGCUACACAGAAGAAGCGAGACAGUCAAUCUGCACGAGGUACUGCCCCUUCGGCAGCGAGCUUCCGUAAAGGCAGUACUAGCGGUCCAGCUAUAUCUGCCGUGCGAACCCAGCAGCAGCAGCAGCCGCCUCAGUCUAGUACAGGAGCGUCAUCGACACUAUCGUCGAUGGGAAGUGGAGGUACCGUCCAAUCCGAGCCACCGCUCUUUAGCUCCCAUAUGAGCCAACACCCACAGCAGCGCUACCAGGCCACCUACUCACAGGCCCCUGGGCAGACUGGUGGCUACAAUGGGCUGGGCUCUUCGUCCAGUGCCAAUUACGGGCCACCACAAAACUUGCCUCCGCACCAGUACGGCAGUCCAGGUACAGGCAGCGGGCCCUACCAGGGAAGCUAUGGGGGCGGUGCAGGACCAGGUGCAAACGCCUACGGUGCUGCCGGGUCCAACGUGCCGGCCUACAGCAACUUCCCCGUGGGCAGUGACUCGUACAAUUCAGGCGCUGGCGGGGGCGGUGCAGGCUCAUACUACUCACAGCCUCACCAUGGCCAUCCUCCACACCAGAGCCAGAACAGGGCAUCCUUCUCCUCUGCAAUGGGAGGUCCCAUGAGCUCCUCUGCCUCAUCGCCCACCACGUCUCAGUACGCCGGCGGACCUUAUGCCCAGCAGCAGCCUCAGGCACUGCCUUCUCCAUCCGUGUAUGGCUCGCAUGGCGCUGGUAGUGCGCUCCUCCCCUCGUCUUCCUCGACGGGCAGCAACGGAUACGCAGGCAUGAGUACCUAUGGGCAACAGGGUCUUCCGGGCACCAAUGCCUCCCUCCUCGCCGCUACUUCUCCCAAUGGUAGUAGCACGACCAAUGGCAAUGGCAAUGGUAAUGCCUUUGACCCUUCCAAUAGCAGUACUGCCAAUCUCAAUCUUCUGGAUCUGGACAUCUUCACCGAUGCACCACUGGAUCUGAAUGUGGAGAAUCUCUUCUUUGAUAAUUGGCCACAGAUGGACAUGGACGUUGACAUGAGCUCCCUCUUCCAGAAGCAGUGAGCGAGCGGAGAUGCGGCGUGUACCGCGGCCAAAUUAGGGACCACGAUCAUCUAUCAGCCUACAGUGCAGUUUUUUUGAUUUGGCAAGUGGGCAAAGAAAAGGAAUCGUUGUCGCUUCUCGUUUCAAAAUUCUGUUUUAAAUACAUUUCACGACUGGCGAAAACCCACUUGAACAU